ACCUUGAUGGAAGGGAAGGGUGAGAAGGCAACUGCAGAGGGAAUGGAAUUGUUAAGGCRUGAGGUGGGAACCCUGAAAGGAGAGCUGAAGGUUUCUGAAGAUGCUCUGAAGAAAUCGCAGUCGGAGGCAGAUGUGAUGAAGAAGCAGUUGGAGGGCCUCGCCAGGGAGUAUGACCGGGUCCUCACGGAGCAUCAGGAGCUCCAGAAUCGUCAAGAUUUUGGAAACAAAAAGGACGACUAGUGAGAAUUAGAUGGGUUAACUUCUCCAAAUCAAAGAGAAAGCCAUUCAACAUUUUCCUCUUUUUCACCUUAAACUUUGGGUCGGGCUGUAGAUUACACAACUAGGAUUGGAUCCACUGAGGGGCAGAGAUAGUGAUGGUUUUAAAUCAGGUGGUUUUUUUUUUUUUAAUUAUUGGCAUGAUACAAACUUAAUAAAAGAAACUAUUUCUGCUUGCCUAUUUAAAUUCAGACAGCUUAUUUCCUCUGAAACCCUUUAGACGAUUUACAUUGCAGAAUUUGCUGAGAGAUCAAAAUGCUGCAGUAARUUAUUAUAAAUGUCUAGUUAUGGUAAAGGUUUGCUUUAACGCCACUGUAGGAUGCUGCAGACUCUCUGGYCCUGGACGGUUUAUAAAUCGACUGUAUGCAUGUAGACAAAUCAGCUUCACAUUUUGAUGUAAUCCAGACACACCUUCUGCCUUAUUCAUAAGUUGUGGUUAACAUCCUUCACAUAGGGUUUCUUUAUUCAGGUUUGUUGCUUAUUUUUUUCAACAUAAAGACAAAUAAAAAAUAUUCAUAAGGAUAGAAAUAUUCCUUUAACCGCACAGGAUUGUGUUUUAGGCUUUAUUAUUUUUGGAAAAAUAGAUUUGUUUUUGUUUUUUGCGUUUGAUUUCUAAAGAGUUCAUAGACUGUUUUAUUUCAUGCACUUCACACACGUUUUAUCUUUUUUGUGCAUGCAAAACCGGAAUGUAUCAUUUUUUAAAAAUUCUAUUAGCUGCAUGUUGUGAGAAAGGUUGUGUUCACUUGUUUAAAUCUUUCUCCAGUUUGGUUGCUGAAGUGUUUUGAUUUAAAGGUUUACAACAUUUAUUGUCUAGAUUUUUUUUUUCUGAUUGUGUUCACUUUUGUUGUACAGAGAGAUCUGACUGAAGUGCCUUUUUACCCGAUUAAAGCAUAUUUUCUCUAACAAAAA